GGGGCGGAUUGUUGACGCCUGCGGCUGCUGCGGUGGCGAAAGGGCUGUUGGGGAGGGGCGGCUGAGGGGAGGGAGACGGCGCCGUGACAGGUUCUGCGAAGGCUGCGGCCGCGGCGACGAUGGCAGAAGGGCCUGAGGAAGUCCGGGGUCGCCCUCCCGGAGGGGACCACGCGCCCGGCCCCUCCCGGAGAGGCCCUCCCGCGGCCGGCACCCCUUGUCCCCGAGACCCGGCGCCUGUGGAACCCCAGGCCCCGGGCCGGCCCCUAACCCCGAGCCUCGCCCCGGAGGAAUCGGAGGCGCCCAGGGAGCUGAGGAGGCGCCGAGAGGCGGCCUCGAACUCCGGCGCGGGGCUGCAGGAGCCGCCGGGCUGCGAGGCGGCUGAGACGGAGGCGCCUCGGGACAAGCCGACGCUGCUGAGCGCCCGCGAGUACUCGCGACAGGUGCACGAGUGGCUGUGGCAGUCCUACUGCGGCUACCUCACCUGGCACAGCGGGCUGGCCGCCUUCCCCGCCUACUGCAGCCCCCCGCCGCCCCAGCCCUGCUACCCCGCGCCCGCCGCCCCCCAGGCCGCGGCGCCGCCCCCGCAGCUGGCCUAUUACAACCCUUUCUACUUUCUGAACGCUGGGGCGGCCGCGGGGCCCGAGCCUGGGGCGGCCGCGGGCAUCAGCACCCCGAGCUCGGUGGCGGGCCUGGGACCCCGGGCUCCUCACGGACAGGGCACGGGCCGGGCCGCUCCGGGGACUCGGGCGGGAUCCGCAGCCCCUCCGCGCGCCGCGGGCGAGAGCGGGCGGCCGGCAGGCAGGGAGUAUGUUAUUCCAUCCUUGGCCCACCGAUUCAUGGCAGAGAUGGUGGAUUUCUUUAUUCUCUUCUUUAUAAAAGCAACCAUUGUCUUAAGCAUCAUGCACCUCAGUGGAAUCAAGGAUAUCUCUAAGUUUGCUAUGCAUUAUAUCAUAGAAGAAAUAGAUGAAGACACAUCAAUGGAAGAUUUGCAGAAAAUGAUGGUUGUGGCUCUUAUAUACAGAUUAUUAGUUUGUUUCUAUGAGAUAAUCUGCAUUUGGGGAGCUGGUGGUGCAACCCCGGGGAAGUUCCUGCUAGGGCUCCGAGUUGUGACAUGCGAGACGUCAGUGCUGGUUGCUCCAAGUCGGGUCUUGGUGAUUCCUUCCUCAGACGUUAGCAUUGCAACGUCCACCAUACGAGCUUUGAUCAAGAAUUUUUCUAUUGCUUCUUUUUUCCCUGCUUUCAUCACACUGCUGUUUUUUCAACAUAAUCGAACAGCAUAUGACAUUGUAGCAGGAACUAUUGUGGUAAAAAGAAACGGGGUCAGAUGAUGCCCUAGAAAAGCCCUAAUUCCAUACUGAUUGGAAUAAUGACAAGACUAAAUUAUGUAUCAGCACGA